AUGCCUCAUCCACAGGUAGCCCUAGCAGCCCUUUUGGCCCUAUGUGUUACCGGCGCCCAAGCCGAUGGCAUAGGCCUCAUCGGCUGGGGAAAGACUCUGUAUAAUCCAACAUGCUCUUUCGCCUGCCGUAACGUUGUUCGAAAACAACCGCUCUCUUGCACUCCGGCCGAGUCAAGUGAGAACCAUGGAACGGCGCAUAAUCCUGUCACGACACCUCCCGGGUGUUUUGUCGAAGAUGAUGUCUUUCUCAAAACUAUGGCUCUCUGUAUCGAUACGUACUGUCCUCUUACAGAGAAACCCUCUAUGAGUCUUAUCAAGGACUACUGGGCAUCUCAUCUUGGAACGGGUACGCUUGGGGAUUAUCAGUAUACCCCUGCAAUGUCGUAUGAUGACGCUUUGAAGGCGGCUCGAGAAGAUGAGUCCAAUGCAUCUCGGAACUCAAGUUCGAAGAGUGGUAGCCACCACAUGGAGAGAACUACUCUUUCGCGACGCCAUGGUGGUCACGAUACUUCAGUAAACGAAGGUCUCGUCACUUUCAACGUCUCAAGCUCUCUGCCUUUCGCCGCUGGCGGCACCAACCCUCUCAACGAAACCAGCUUUAUCAGUCCCGAAAAUUGGCAGCUACAAUACAACUACAUGUACGACUUCGAGACCAAUGAAGCAGGCCACUCGACCAUGGCCAUCAUCAUCGCCAUCGUUGCCAUCUUUCUCCCAGUUAUACUAUCGCUCGUCAGGUUCUUCCCUGCUCUGACGAAGAGUCGCGGGUGGACUUAG